AUGAAUAUGAAUAUACUGGUCGUCUCUGUGGAACAACCUAGUCCCUUCACAUUCCCAUUCAGAAUACAUUGUUAUACUUUCUUUGAUUUGUGUAAACGCGCAGCAGCAACAAGGGUAUCAGCUGCAGCCACUAACUUACCAUUCGAACCAAGAUCGUACAUUAUACUCGCACCCAAUCGGAUUCGGGCCAAUGAGCUUGUCCAAGUCACGGUUUCAAUCUUUCGAUUAUUUUAUCCGCAACUCAGUAUCCGGAUAUCUAUCAAGAUUGAUACAGAUGAAAUCAUUUCGGCAUUGGAGGUGUUCCGUUCUCCGGGUACAAGAUUAAUGCAACUAAAGGUUCCCGACUACACACGAAAUGCAACUUACUGGUUCCAUGUCGAAGGAUCUAUCGUAGCCAAUAGCUCUCUAUUGUUCUUCAAUCGCACCAAACUCGAAUUUAUGCCCCAGUCGGCGUCUUUCUUCAUACAAGUACUUCAGGUUGUCAGCAAACCAGUUUAUCAUCAGAGCCAAAUUGUUCGAUUCCGAGUGAUACCUGUGUUACCAGAUUUGACCCCAUUAUACGGUUCUCUUGUGAGUAUUGAGGUUUUGGAUGCCUCGGGGAAUCUUUUUCGAAGAUGGCUCAAUCCAAUGACCAACACUGGAGGUAUUAUCGAACUGGAUUUUCCACUCUCUGAUAUGGUACACGAAGGUGAAUGGACUAUUCGUGCUACACACGAGCUAUUUUCAGCUUCGAAGACGUUUCGGGUUGUGGAAUACUGGCGACCUCUGUGGGAUGUGAACGUGACUGUGCCAAUGCGAAUGUUGGACAACGAACUCGCCUUUUACGGAUUAGUGUCGGCCAAUUACACCAGUGGUAAAGCUGUGCGUGGGAAUGCAACUGUUCUCAUUCAACUAAGAGAAGCUGGUGAUAAUCGGUGGAUCAUGCCUGCGCGCGCUCAACUAACUAAGAAACUUUACGCGGUUGAUGGAAUAGCUAGCUUUCUAAUCACCCUGGACGAUAUUCGUCGUGCAAUCACCGGAACCGGUGCCUCUACCUCUCUGGCUAAUACAGAAUUAUGGGUUAACGUGACUUAUUACAGUUGGUGGGAAACGGAUGUGCGAACUGGUUGGGCCUACACGCAAGUAUUCUCCUCAACGCCAAUGAUUCGUUUUCUCGGUGGUCAAGUGCGACCGUUUAAACCGAAUAUGUAUUUUACCGCUUAUAUUGUCGUCUUCAUGCCUGAUGGAAGUAUGGUUCAGUACUUUGGAUCAAGACGAAUUCGGCUGCAGUUUUUCUGUAACGAAAACACUCCAUCUACGCCAGCCGUCAAUUUGGUUGUCCCUGACAACGGUUUGGUCACUUAUACCUAUAGACCGAGCGGAGAAGGAUGCGUUACAUAUCGACUUCAAGCGGAUUAUAUGGACGAAACAGACCGUAUACUUGCAACAAGGAACCAACGCAUCUUUCAAUAUCAUUCAUAUUCGGACACAUUUCUACAACUUUCUACUUCAACCUUGCAGCCACGGGUCAACGAAUAUUUUGUUGUCACUGUCCAAACGAACUACCCAACAGAUACCAUUCACUAUGUGAUUGUCUCAAACGGAAAUAUCCUUGUCGCUGAUCAACUUCGCCUGCCCAACGCAAUCACCUCACGUACUUUCUCAGUUGCUGUUUCACGUUCCAUGUUCCCGUUCGCCCACCUGAUCGCCUACUUCAUCAAAGAUAGUAGUGAGAUUGUUUCCGAUGCGCUCACAUUCUACACCAACUACACCAAUUUGAACAACGUACACUUGGAAGUUAACCGCGGUAAAGAUUUGAAUCAAGACACGGUGGAAGUUCGAGGUCAUGCAACCCCUGGAUCAUACUUGGCUGUGAAUGUUAUUCACUCAGAUUUGUAUAAGUUCGCCGCUGCAUCGAUUUUGAGAGAACACAACAUUGUGGAUGAACUAGCUGCCUACAACGGCCAGAGUCAGCGGCCAUUCGUACACACCUGGUACGAUAACAUGAUGGAUAUUCAACGAGUUUAUGUUCCUGCGCCUAGUAUUGGCGCUGACGCCAACACUACGAUGAACGUUUCUGGUCUCAUUCUGUUCACCGACGCCAAUUUCACCAAGGCGAACUUCUACCACACGUGUAACGAGACGCUGGAUCCUGCUCGAGCCUUACCCUGUUUCUCUAUGACCGGUCGUGACUGUUAUUCUCGUGCGGAACAGUGCAACGGAAUUGCCGAAUGUGUCACCUGGGUUGAUGAAAUGAACUGUCCAAUCAAUGAAUCAGAUCUACCACAGCCAUCGCGAACUAUUGACUCGUACAACCUUUUGUACCGCUUGUGGAACGACGGUGCCUGGAUGUGGCACAGCACGUUUGUCAAACCGGACGGACAAAUUCAGUUCCGUGUCAAUCUUCCCAAGUUGAACGCGGACUGGAUAGCUGGUGCGUUUGCUGUGGACGAACAGUUGGGAAUGUCCUUAAUGCAACAGCCGUACUAUUUCGCCGGUAUACGUCGAUUCUAUAUGACAGUUGAAGUGGUCGAGGAGGCUGUGUGGGGUGAGCAGCUGGGUGUUCGAUUGUGUCUAUUCAACAAUUGGGACUACUGGAUUGAAGCUUUGGUAGAACUGAAGGCCAGUCCUGAUAUACGGGUUAUUCAAAUAGGCUUUGGUGGUCGAACAUCAGCCUACAGCCCCAGGACUUCCGUGAACGAAAGUGUACAAACCCUGGUCUUUCUGGAAGCAGGCAGUUCGAAGUAUAUAUACAUGCCAGUUCUACCGAAAGAACCCGGAAAUAGUUCUUUCACAAUAUGCGCGUACAGUUUCAUCGGAUCGAAUUGCGAAACACAUGAAAUCCGCGUGACGAUGAACGGUGUACCGAAUCACUAUCAUACGGCAACAUUUUUGGACCUGACCAGUUCCAGCGCCUUGUUCGUGAACAACUUCAAAAUCAUUGUUCCACAAAAGUACACAAUACCUGAAAGGCGAAUGCAUCGAUUUGUGCCCGGAUCACAGUUUGCAAGCCUAAGUGUUGUUGGUGACUGCAUCGGUCCGGCCUUGCACUCCAAUUUUCCAUUCGCAACCACACAAAAUGUGCUACGAAUGGGGUAUGGGAGCGCAGAGAGCGUGUUUUUCGAACUGGGCUACAAUCUGAAUUUACUGCUCUAUCUGUACGGCUCACCUGGUCUUUCACAAGAUGUUGAACGGGAAGGCCUACUCUAUUGUUCCGUGGUUUUACAACGGGGUUUCUCUUUCUUCAAUCCCGCGUUGGGUGCAUUCGCGAACUUCCGUGACGAACUGGACCGGCCGAGUCCGCUGGCGACAGCUUUUGCCCUCUGGAACUUGUUGUUGACCCGACAACCCCAAUGGAACCGACUCAUCUAUGUGGAUGAUCCAACAUUCAUACGGAUCAUAGAUUACCUUGCUAGUACGCAGCAAACCAGUUCGAGUAUGGGUGGAACCAACAGUGUGGAUGUUCGCCUUGCAGGGAGUUGGGAAGUUGGUGAAGUCAUUGAUCGCCGUUUCGCCCCAACAAGUAAUGCGACAGAUCCUAUUGAUCGUGAAGCACAUCGUCGUAUCCCCUGCGCUGCAAUGGUAGUGAUUGCGUUUCGCUCUACUGGUCGUCCUAUGCCGAGUGGAAUUGGCGCUGAACGUGCAGAGGUUGUCGUUGCCUCUGCCGUGCAGUUCAUAGCUCGACAUCUCCUACAAACUAACGAUUUAUUCUCGCUGAUGAUUGGAACAUAUGCACUGAGUGUUGCAACAGACUCAACGUCGCAGCAGAAAAUCAUGCUAGCCAUGCAGAUCAUUGACCAGUAUCGUCAGAAAGGUGAAUACAUCUAUUUCGCGAACUAUCCAAUCCCACCUCCUAAAUGGGAAUUGGACCAAGCCGGAAGAAGAAUUGAGAAUCCCCGUUGGGAAAUGCCAAACGAUGGUUACGGAGUUGCAUCCACUAGUUUCUAUUUCCUUCUCAAAAGGAAGCUCGGAGAAUGGAAUGUCCACAUGACGGAGGCAAUGGAUGUGGUACAUUGGCUUGCAAGUCAACGCAACCAUAUUUCGGGUUUUUCCAGUACUUUCGACUCCCUAGUAGCUCUCCAUGCUCUUCGAGAAUUCGCGCUGUCAGACACCAAUCGGGCCCUGUAUCGUAUGGCGGUGGAUGAGAAAAUAUCAUCUAUCAGCGAUUGGACCAACCGUAUAUAUGUGGACAGGGGUAACUAUUCAACGGUAACACGUACAACGUUUCCACCAUGGGAUGUGUGGGGCGAUGUGACCAUGAAAGUCGAGGGAACCGGAUGGCUUUUGUUGCAACUCGAUGUCCGAGUGAACGUGGAAUACCCACAAAUGCAAAAGAUGCCACGAAGUCCACAGAAUCUAGAAGAGGUGAUGCGAAGUUUCGAUAUUGAAUGUAUCCCAGGAUUUCGCGGUCGAAAUAACUCCAUUAUGAUUAUGAAGGCAUGUGGCCGUUGGGUUGGAACAAUGGGUGUUGAACCACUCAGUCAGAGUGGCAUGGCGGUGUUCAGUAUCGGACUUCCUACAGGUUAUGUGGUACUCAACGAUGACCUUAGACGGUAUGUGAUGAGCGGCCAAGUCCCAAACCUACGGUUUGCGCGAACGUGGACCAAAACUGUGGACUUCUUUUUUGAUACGAUCACCACCAAUCAGACGUGUGUGCAGUUCCAGGCUGAACGGUACUACCCAGUGGCCAAUACAACACAACAACAAGUUUGUUCCGCAUAUGAAUACUAUGAACCAGGUCGCUAUAACCAUUCAAUGUACAAUGUCGUAUCAUUAUACACCAACCACAUAUGUAACGUUUGUGGAGCCUAUGCAUGUCCCUACUGUCCGGAUUACAACGAUGCUAAGAGGAAAGUUUCGAAGAAGACCACCGUUUCCUUGUUAGUUGCCUUCACACUGUGGUUAACCCAACGACAUCUAGCUCGUAGUGAAGGUUUGUGGCAGCUGGAAUGCACCGUUGGCAAUCCUCAUUUGCUCCGUACUAUGUCAGCUGAUCGAUUUGAGGGUGAGGCCAUCGAUCGGGCGUCUGAUCGAAACGGGACAGAAUUGAUUUCAGCCCAUCGUUCCCAAUCAUAG